UUUCGCGUAGAGAAAUUUUUGAACGUAUAGAAGUUGAAUUUGUAAUUAAAGGGAGAAAGAGUACAUGUUUGUAUACGCUCAUAUGAUCGUCUGCGUGUGUGUUUGAGUGAAUGUUGAAAAAGAGAUUUGCAACGAAAAAGAUAUAAUGAGGGUAAGAGAUAAAACGUUGUUCUAUAUAUAUAUAUACAUUAGUAAGAUUCAUAAAUGUACAUUUAGUUAAUCUAAUUACCAUAAACUAUACAAAUUUUUAAAAUUAUGCUCUGCGAUCGGUUAUAAGUUCAAUUUUAAUUGAUCUUAUCGCGUGAUUGCAUUCAAUUAAAUCUUUUAAUAAAUUACUGUAUUCUUUUAUACAAUUAUCUUUCAUUAUAUGCACUCCUCAUAUCAUAGUCAAUAGAUAAAAUAAGAUCCUGUAUCCUUUAUUGCAUGGUAUAUCUUUUGAUCGAAUCAUUGAAGUGCCAUCAGCUUAUCGUGGCGACUCGGUUUAGUUACAUCGCAUAAAAAAGAAAAAAACAACCAAGGUUUCGAUACAUGCACGGCUAUCACGAAACGCUAAUUAAUUGCAGUGCAAGCCUACCAGGUACAAAGACUGUUUUACAUUUUGCGUGCAGAUCCUCGUAAAACUACAUGCCUGUCAACUGAGGCGAAUUUCAAGAUGAUUUAUCGUCUCUCGCAAAACGAAGUUUUUCGCGGUGUUUCAUAGCUGCUGUUACUUACUCUUACGAACCACCGAAAGCCAACGUUUUCGCACAUGCAACUUGACGUUGCUCGCGUUGGUACGGCCUGUACCAUACACACGAAUAUAGAUACAUUUUAUCGUCACGAAUCAUUUAUAUUUUGUAUACUCGACUUUUCGUUUUUUUCUUCUUUUCUUUUUAUGAAAUUUUUCUUCUCAAAAAAAAUGUUUACGAUAUGACCGAUUCAUCUAGACAAUUUAAAUGAAAUACAGAAAAUAUUUGUAUUACUUGUUGAAAUUAUCGGAAGGAAGAAAUCAGAAUUCAGAGAUGUACAACCACAUAUACACCGUGCUUAAAAUAUCCUCGGCGAAAGUGAUACCGUCGGGCGAUGAAUUAUGAAUACCAUUUUCAUACACAUCCGCCUGUGUCAACACUGUUUCGUAGUAUAAAGCAACUUGACGAUGUACUAUACUUUGCAUAUGAUGCACGGCCACGUUUUCCUUUUCAUCGUGUAAGAAUACUCGGAGAGUACCGCGAGACAGACGUUUAUGCUACGAUGUUGGGGAUAACAAUGAGACAGGAAAGAAAUAAAGAAAAAAAGAAAAAAAAGAAAAGAAAAUAAAAUAGAAGAAAGAGGGUAGGGAAAUAGGGGGUGAGGGGUGAAAUUUUAGAACGAGUUUCGGUGAGAGUGAUUUACACCUUGGAAAAACUCUCUGACAUUUACGAUACCUACUCGCGAAUUAUUUAUAGCGGUUACCCGUGACGAUGUGUAACCCUCAAACUAUACUUUUCUACUCCUUUAUUCGCUUUAUUUUCUUUUCAUAAGACGACACGACGACAUAUCAUAACGAUAUCAACAUAUUUUUAUCUAUCUACAAUCUAAUAUUCCCAGACUUAAUAAAAUCCGAUAGAAUAUUGUCGAAAAUUCUUUGAUCUUUUCGCUGAUAAGUUACUCGUGAGAUUUAAAAAAAUAUAUAUCACUUGAUAUGUAUCAUAGUAACCUUGUUGGCUACUAUUUUACACGUCCUUGACAUUAAUAUUGUACUUUAACUAUUUAUAUAUGUAGGUGGAGCUUUAAUUAAUUUUAAUCUCAAAGUCUCGGAAGAAGAUUCGUUUAAACACCUAUUCGUUCAACAAACAUGACAAACAAUCGAGCACAGCUUAGAAAUCGAAUCUAUUCUCUAGGAAACGUUCGCCAAGUCUUGUUUAACUUGCACACAUGAGCUACGCAAGCGCUAGGAGAAGCUUAUAAGCUCUUUCCCUCCUUACUCUUCUCUUCAUCUUCUUCUUCUUCUUUCAUUCUCUCUCUCUCUCUUUCACUCCGUACCGAAAACUAUUAUGCACUUAAAGUCCUCUACGGUCUCUAGACAUAGUGUGCACAUAAAGGUGUAUUUAAAAUAAAAUAACUUUAUGUACGAUUGGCAAAGAGCUUCGAAAAAGCUGCCAUGAUUGCCAGUGUUUUGCGAUAGUUUGACUACUCGUUGUGGGGCUCAUCAUGAUGGACGAAAUUCCUCCGAAGACUUUGUACGUCGGUAAUUUGGACCACAGUGUUUCUGAAGAUUUGUUGUGUGCGCUGUUCUCGCAGAUCGGUGUUGUCAGAGGUUGCAAAAUCAUUCGAGAGAUGACAAUCGUGUUGGUUUGCGCGCUGCUGAUCAGUCAGCACGUAGGAGCUGUGGUAAACAAGGCGUUGCCUCAAGCAUCGUCUAAUGAAAAUGCCGAGGACAAAAAAAAUGAGAUUAAAGCAAGCGAAAGGAUAAGCAACUCCUAUGGACCACCCGCCGACGACUACGGACCACCGAUUGUAUCGGUGAAUGGUGGUUUCAAUGGGCCAGCACCCGUCUACGGACCACCGUUAAACAUUAAACCUCAUUACGGGCCACCGAAACAAACUUUUAACCCACCAAAGCUUCACUUUACUUCGCUAAAACAGCACUUCGGACCGCCGCUGCUUUCCUUCCCUUCGUUUAGACCACCAAAACCACAGUAUGGACCGCCGUUGAAGUUGAACACGCCUCCACUCGCCGGUUUCUCACAGGCAUCGUCUUUGCCAAAUCAUUUGGGACCCGUUAAGCCUGGACAUGGAUCACCCAUUCCUGUUUCCAUCGAGUCUUAUCGACCACGACCAGAGCCACUUCCUCUUCCAGUGAAUCCUGAGUACGGUCCACCUCCUCCCCUUCCACCUCCUCAAUUACCUAUUCAGUACGACCUGAGUAGCGCUAAUAUUCAUGGACCACCACCUCCACCUCCUGCAGGAGUUCCAGCACCUCCCACUCCACCUGACAUAAUGUACGACGGAUGGCAACCAAUAGCUGGAGUUGCCAAUCAAAAACAACAAGGAUCAACAUUCAAACACCAUUCAUCAUCUGAUAAUCACAAUUUGAAGUUAGUCGAAGAUACGACAAAUCCGAACGUGCCCAGUGAUUCUUAUGGUAUACCCAUUACUAAUCCAGAAGCUCAACAUCUGAAAACUUCUGUUCGUGAAUCUUCUGGUGACAAAAAUGGAUUGCCUCCACCGGCAUUACCAAUAUAUGAUGGUGAUCACAGUUCGAAUCACGGAUCAUCUUCGUCAUCGUCCUCUUUCCAUUCUGAUCAUCAACAACGCGAUCACCAUCAAUCUAAUUUAAAAUACAACAUUGGAAAUUCAAAUUCUCUUUCGAUCGUGAAAACUGUGGGUUUUGAGUUAUUACCCAAUACUGAAUCUCAGACUUCGGAUCUUCAAAAUUUGUCUCACGAAAGUAAUUCUGGCGUUUCUUCGUAUGAACACUCGUCGGGAUCUUUAAAUGUUGAUACUGGCUUGAACUCCGGACUUUCUGUGUUACCAUUGCAAGAAUUGGAUGAAUCAUCUCACUCAUUCGGAAACGAAGAAUCUCACGGAGUACACAAUGUGAAUGAUAUCACUUUGCAACAAUUACCGGAACUGCCAUCAGUUAAUUUUGGAAAGGCCAAUGGCUUCGCUGGUGGUUCUUUGCUACCGCCACCUACUGAUUCUUACGCAGCACCACCAAUCUCUUCGUAUUCACCAGACGGUCCGUAUCCAGCAGCUCAAUCUGGUCGUACUGGACCAACUUUCCCACCGUUUGGACCUUUCGGUGCUUCCUUUCCGAAACAUGGAUCGCAUCAUCACAGAUUUCACGGACACUUUAGAUUACACGGUCCUCCCUCAUCACCACCAGGGUCUUUAAUACCACCAAGAAAUCGAGAACCGAUCAAAUUUCGAGAACCAAUUCCCAUAGGACUGAUAUCCAAUCUUCAUCGUUACCUUCCAUCAUUACCUCCCAUCGAUCUGACAAAGCCACUUAAAUUACACGGUCCUCAUUUAUCGUUCGGCCCUCAACUACCUAGUUUAAACGCUCCUUUAUCAUUUCAUCAAUCAUCUCAAUCCGAUCAUUCCUUAUCGAACGUCUUCUCUAACAGUGGAUCAUUUGGCAAGUUUAAUUCACACAGUUUGAAUUCCCCAAUGGCUGCACCCAACGCACAAUAUGGAACUCCAUUGUCUUUCACCGAUUUCAACACGCCAGCUCCAGUUCCAACUUAUGGUGCACCUAAUUUUGGACCAGCGUCAACAUUCGGUUUUACGUCAAGCGGCUUUGGAACCAAUCUUUACGACGGAAUAGGAAAUGACCUGAGCAGCAUUUAUGGAACACCCGUCAUAGCAAAUCCACCUUUAGCCGUUACAACUGGUGAUUGUAAUUAUCGGCAAUUCAACAGCGUAGAGAACUUUGAUUUUGACAAGGGUAACAAUGAUCAUUUGUUACCACCUUCUGCUCCUCCAGCAUUACCAAGUUCAACGGGAGAGGAAGAUUAUUCUUUACUUAAAUCGCCACCAGCUUUACCUCCAAUUACUGAUUCUUUAAAUCAGUAUGUAGCACCACCUGUAAAUACGUUAGAUCUGGAAAAUUACGAGCAACAGAAAGUUAACUUGAAAGAUAGUUAUGGAAAUCCUAUAGGAGUCUCUUAUGAAUCAUCGAAUCAAGCGAUUGAUUCCCAUGGUCAAAGUAAUAAUCACAUUCAUUCGUCGACUACUGGAGUCAAAAAUAUUGUAUCUCUUUCCUCCUCCUCCUCCUCAUCAUCAUCAUCGUCAUCAUCGUCGUCAUCGUCAUCAUCAUCAUCAUCAUUAUCUACUUCCUCGUCUUCUAGUCCAUCCCAAAGUUCCUUCUCUUCAGGACUAUCGUUGCAUCAACACGGGGCUUCAGCCGAAGCAUUAACAGCUAGUUUAACGGCUCAAGGUUAUGGCGAGGCUAAAAGUUUAAGCUCAAACGAAGUGGAUGCUAGUCAAUACUUGAAGACUGACGAAGGAAGCCAAGCAUUAGCUUUGGCACAAGGUUUGACGGCCGAUGGACCAAGUGGUUUCCAAAUUCAGGGAUCUAAAGGCACCUAUACUCUACAAAUUCAACCUGCUGACGGUGGAUUAGGAACUGAGAAUUCUGAUGGUAGUAUAAGGCACGAUCAGGUUCUUUCAAAUGGCCUUCUUCAAGACAUCAUUGCAGCAAUCGAGCAACCGGAUCAAAGUCGAAUAGAACUUCAAGGUCCACCUCAAGCUCAACCAUUAGAAGAAUUACGUAAUGAUCAUCACUUAUCUGAAUCUAAUAGCCUUUCUCAUCAGAACGGACAUUAUAUUACAAUUCAAAGUAAGGAUAAUGAUGAAAUAAAUCAACUCAUUCGAGAAGCUAGCAAAAGAAGUGGUCAAACGUCCAAUAACGAUGGAGAAAAUUCAUCUAAAAACGAAGCAGUUGCUUUGUUUUUUAACAAUCAAUACGUCGACAACACGAGGAAAGAGACCAGAUCUGUUAACAAGGUGGAAAAACAAGCGGAUACUUCGAUGUCUACAACAAAUCAAAAAAGUGACAGCAAAACGAAAUUUUCUUGAAUUAUUUCGUGAAUGAUAGUGUGUUUCUGUGAAAAUCAUUUUUAAAUGCGUGGCUAAUUACGUAAAAAAUGGUGUUGUUACAUCUCGACAUAAAAGAAUAUUUUCCAUUUAGAUUUAAACUAAAUUAAAUGAAUUUCUAUCGAAUAUAAAACUCUGUGCUAGGAUUAUAGGUUUAUGGUGCUUCGUUCGUAUUGUCUUCGAUCGUAUCGAAAGAUCAAAGAUAUCCUAAUGGAAUAAGAAGACGUGCUUCGUUUGUAACGAAAAACAGGGAACGAGAAAUACGAUAGUUAACGAUCGACUCGUAUUAAAUGCUGUCGUCGGAAUAUCCAUCCCCCUGCACUCGAUGUAAUUCGAGUAAAACGCGAUAGAAGUGAGAACAGAAUCGAAGAGAUUGCUCAAGACUAUUUUUGUUUUUUUUUGUUGUUUUAGUUUACCUUUGAAAAGAGAGAAAGUAAUAAUUACACACACGUUGGCUAAUGUAUCGAUAACAAGUUAUUAGACGAGAAGAGUCUGCUUACUUAAGAACAUCACACCUCGAGUUAUCAGGAUGUUAUGUGUUCCUGGAAAGUUUAAUGUAUUAUUAUUAUAAUUAUUAUUAUUCAAAUACUAUUAUGUGUUUGCCGAGAAAUUUUGAGAAACCUGAGAAUACGUAAUUGCGAAAUAGUAAAGAUUUAAGGAUGAACUAAGUGUGGUUUUUAAGCAAACGUUUUCUUUUUCAAUAUAUUCAUCUAUUCUAGGUCGAAUAAUAAUAGAGAGUCUAUAUGUUAAAAAAAGAAAGUAGAUGUAACCAUCAAGGGAGAUAUUCGUCGAUUCUACCUUCUCGUUUUAAAUGUCGACAAAUUUUGAUUCCAUUUAAAAAAAAAAAAUAAAAAAUAGAGAAGAAAUCGAAAGAAACAAGACGAAUUAACUCGUGAUCUUAAGGAAAAUCAACAACUCGACGUCGCACUUUCGAUCGAUGAAUGUAGGUCAUCGGGCUACGGGCCUUGUCGACUCACCGUCGUGAAAUGUAUGUUACAGUCGUUCUCUAAUGUUCCCCGAGUACAUGCCGGUACGCGUUCGAAACACCUCCGUUCAAGGUGAAAGUUCAAAAUCUCGGUUAACAGUCCUCCCCUCCGGUGACCGCGAAAAUCGUAUUUUCCAUUUAAUAUGUUUCUUCGUUUUGCAAACUCAUACUUUUUUAAAAUGGUAUUAUCUAUAUAUAUCAUGUUAAGCUUAUUUUUGCGUUUAACAAAUUUCUAUGGAAAUUUCUAUGGGGAACAUUUUAUUACGUUCAUUAUAAAUAAUCAUAAUCGUCGGAUAAUUUGUUAUAACAUCCUUCGAUACAUUUGAACGGUGUUGCUUAGCGAAUAGUAAUACAUAAUUCAGUAAUAUAUCUUAGACGAGUAAAAUAAGUAGAGCGUGUGCUUUUCAAGAAAGACGCUCAUUGUUACGAAGUAUAAUACCUAUGCAGUGACGCUACUGCCAAGCCAUAAAGCACGUCCAUUUUGCUCCUAUCUCGCGUGCACCAUAUUUUUUAACGAUUAAUUUAUUAUUUUUUUUUUUUCUGUAUAAAGAGAGUAGAGAGUUCCGGUACAAUGGAGCCUGAUGUUUGUUCACAACGAGCGAUCAUUAAAAAUCACUCAAUCCGAUGUACAUGUGUAUGUGUUAUUUUUUUUUCUACACCGAACG